UCUACACGACCUAAAAAAUGUCCAAUGACAGGAUAAACAUACUGGUGUUGUGCGCGCUUUCUUUGGCUUUAGUCGCGUACGCGGGGGAAACUUUUGAAAGCAAAGUUGCUCAGUUGCUUCGUGAUGAGAAAGAGAACAUUAAAUGCUUUACGGAGACGCUGAGGGACUUCACCUGUUUCUGGGAAGAGGAGAGGAAAAAUAGUUACAGUCAACAACCAUUCACCUUCAUUUAUCAAUACCAGAAUGAGAACAGCAGUGGGUGUGCUGUAUCUGAACUGCUUAUACAUGGGGCUAGUGGAAAAAAGCUGUUCCUCUGCAAUAUUCCCAAAACUCAAAAUUUCGUUUCCCUCAAGCUACGUGUGUUUCGGGGAGGUAGAGAACUUUAUAACCGCACCCUCUUCAUUGACCAAGCUGUUCUAUUGAAUCCUCCUACUAACCUGACUGUGGUAAGCACAGGGAAACAAGGGGAACUGCUGGUGAGCUGGCUGCCUCCUCCCGUGAAGUACGUUGAUGACAGCUUAAUGUACGAGAUCAGAUAUGUGGCAAAAGGGAUUCCUAUGAGGAAGGAAAUAGUGAAAAUCAGCACAAAACUCACGCUGCGUGGCCUUCAACCAAGCAGCAAAUACAAGGUGUUGGUCCGUGUCAAACCUGAUGGCAUCAGUUAUGAUGGUUACUGGAGUCCUUGGUCAGAGCCUGAGUUUGGGACUACACCCCCAAGUGACCCCCUAAUUGUGCUACUGGUUCUCAUCAUCUUUGCGAUCCUCUUCCUGCUGUCUCUCACUGUGCUUCUGACCCAGCACAAAUUCCUGCUGAAGAAACUGUGGCCUGACAUCCCUUCUCCUGAGCACAAAUUCCCAGGCCUCUUCACAGUCUACAAAGGAGACUUCCAGAAAUGGCUUGGCUACAGUAGUGAAAGCAGUUGGCCAGUUCAUGUGUGCACAGAGGAGCUUCCUUCAUCUCUAGAGGUGCUGUCCGAAGUAAGUUUAGCACCACCACUGACAAGUCACGCAUCUUACCAGAUGCCAGAAUCAACCCCUAAAACAGCUGAUGUCCUGAGAGAAGAACCACAGGCCACAGAAGAAGCAGACAAUCAAUUUAUGACACAGCACGUGCAUGCAGAUUUGACAGACGGAUGGCAAGAAUCUCCAAAUAGCCACUGGUUGAUGGAGCAGCUGAGGACAUUUCAGAAGCAUCCGGAGGUCCUCUCCCAUUCAUCACUACUUGAGUCACAAGAGACAUAUGUUACCCUCAACCAGAACUCCCAGAAUGCCCAGGGAGAAAUGCAAAGCGUUGAUAGCUUUGAGGAGUCAUCCCCCCUUCAGGUCCUCUUUGCUAGUAAAGGGUCCUCCUUGAUGGCUGCCUCAGAUUCUGAUAUCGGCUCCCUCCCGCAAAGUUCCGGGUCAGGAAGACUUUCAUCACAGUCAAGUCUUGAAUAUUCAAACAACACAUGGCCUCCCAAAGGGCCAGGAUAUACCUACAUGGCUGUGGCAGACUCAGGAGUCUCCAUUGACUACAGUCCAAUGAGCUUCAGCAGAAUAACAGACAUGGGUAAUGGCACCACCUUUGCCAAUGAGUACAAAAAUUAUAUUCCUGGACACAAGCAACCUCAUAAUGGUCAAUCCAUCCAGUACGGAUAUUGAUCAAAAAUCCUUGCGGAAAAUAAAACAAAAAACAAUUUCAAAACCAAUAUCGUGCUUUUGGGAGUCAUGAAAAACACUGGAGUUCGAACCAGGAUGACUAAACUGCUUCAUUUCAAACUUUCAGGAUGACAGUGCAAUGAUUGUGGAAUGUAAAAAUCUCAUAGAGACCGACAAGAGUCUUACCUGGAUUAAUUAAAUAAGCUAACAUUGUCUUUUGUACUACAGUUUUUUUUGUUAGAUCUGGCAGCUGUUGAUGUUUAAAAUAUUUUUGUGCAGAACACCAAAUACUGCCUUUAGCCUUUAAAAAUAUUUGUUGUAAAUGGUGGCUGGUUUUCAACUCCUAAAUAUUGUGUCCAUCCACUUUGUGUCUGUUGGUUACCCAUACGAUUGUAAGGGUUGUAAUAUUAAUAGCUGUUGUAAAAAUGUAGAUAAUUGCUCAACUGCCAUUAAAUGGGUUGUAAAAGAAGAAGAAAAAAACUUAUUUUUAUACAGAUCAUGUGCAUCAUAUUUUUCAGUUAUGAAAACAAAUACCAAAAACAACAAUCUUCUUUGCAAUUGCAUACGUAAAACAUGGUGCUUUCUUUAAAUUUGCAAUAAUAUGGUACAGAAACACAGGUAUUAUUAAUCUAUAAUUUUUUUUGUACAAAAAGGUUCUAAAGAAAAGUUCUAAAACUGUUUACUAGGGCAGAUGAAAUAUCACUAAAUAUUAUAAAUAUACACGUUAUUUGUGUAUUAUAGUAAUUAUUGGAUUUUUACUUUCCAUUAGACUACAAAUUCCAGAAGAAUCUGUCAGUCACUUUCAAUCAUCAUAACAGAAAACCUACAUUUAAAGCAAAAAACCUGACAAACGACCUUUGAAAAUUUGUAUUUUGUGUAUCACACACUAUUUUAGUCAUAAGAAACGUCAUGUAAGUAAUAAAUAUAUCGCUUCUGUUACAGUUUGUCACUUUUUUAAAAUUAGUAUUUGCAACUUUUCAAAAUAUAUGACAAGUCUGUAUAAUGCAGUAACACUUAACAUCAAACAAUAUCAUUUAUAGAUUAAUAAAUAUCAGAUUAAUUAGAACUGUAGCACCCAAUCAUCUGGCAUGUUUUUGAAAUUUUAUUGUUGACAGCAAAAACUACAUGUGAAGAAAUAUUGUUUUUAAGGCUUUUUUGGUUCUUUUGUGAGUUUUUACAUUUGUGUAAUAAAAGAGCAUUUAAUUGUACUUGUUAACCUUGCUUAUAUAAACUCUUCCAAAAACCCUUUUGUUAAAAUGUUUUGAAACAGUUAAAUGCAAGCAGCCGUACCUUUUCAUACAAAAUAAAAAAAUUAAUUGUUCAUAA